UUUCGCGAAAAACAAGCUUCCUUUCGCAGUGGGUGAAGAACGAAGAAAUGCGGCAAUAAAAAUUAGGGAGAUAAUGUUGUUAAACGUGAGCUACAACAGGCGUCCGGGCACGUUGCCAGUCAGAGGUCUGCUAUGGAUCGGUCUACUAACGUUGACGAUCUCAUGGAGCCAGGCAUCAAGCGACAUCAACUGCUGUUCGGAUGGUUUUAUAUGGUUGCCCACGCUGAACUGUUCUGAUGGUGGUUCGAUUAAGCUCGCAUGCUCGUCCGGUUGGUAUCUGAUCGACCCCGAGGUAGACACCGAGGACAAAUUCUUCGUGAGGCAGGAAUACGAGAAAACAUGGCUACAACUGUCGGACACAAAUCCCAUAAAUAUAACGGCGGAUAGAUUUUGCGUGGCAAAGCGGGAAACGGGUUCGGAGGUCGCUCUGUUGUGCUUCGUCGACGAAUACAGCACGUACAAUGGCACAUGGAAGAAUGUAUUGUUCUGCGCCCUCAGUAUCAUAUCGGCUAUAUUCUUGAUCGCCACGCUGGCUAUCUACAUUCUACUACCAGAAUUAAGGGAGGUUCAAGAUAAAGCGAUGAUGGCCGUAGUCACGUCAUUGGCAGUCAGUUACAUCAUCCUUUCCAUUCAGAUUUUGAGGCCAUCAAACGAGGAAGAUUAUCAUAUAUGCGUCUUCCUAGGUUCCAAGACUUUAUAAUUAAAGAUAAAUCACUUUUCAUCGUCUAUUCUAUUAUCGGUUGGGGUGGACCGUUGUGCUUCUUGAUUGCGACAUUGGUCACUCACCACGCAGAGGGGGAACAUCUGAAACCCGGUUUCGGAGAGCAAAGCUGUUGGUUCAGCGGCAAUGAACAAACAUGGGCGUAUUUUUACGGGCCGAUCGCUAUUUUAUUGGCGUUGAACGUUAUCUAUCUUGGCUUAACUGGCUGGCGAUUGUGGCAUCAGUAUCGCGAUUACAAUGGAAGCAAAUUACGAGCGCUGCGUUUUAAAUGCCUGCUUUACGUCAAACUGAUAUUCGUCAUGGGUGUGACAUGGAUCUUUGAAGUGCUGUCGUAUGCCGAUCACACGAAACACGAUUUCUGGAUGCCGAUGGACAUACUGAACGCGUUGCAAGGCUUUAUAAUAUUCCUUCUGUUGGUCGCGAUGCGAAAGCGAGUCAGGAAGCUGCUGGCAAAGAAGAAACCUUGCGGAAUCAACUUCCCGAAGUCUUGGACGGUCUACGAGGACGAAGAGUGCGAGGAGGUGCUACCUGAAGAAGUCGAAUUAUCACAACAUGACUAAUGUGUUUACGAGAACAAUUCUAUUUUUUUCCCCACCUCUCUUCGUGGCGUCAAUACCUGACGUAAUGGGACACAUAACUUCUUAUUAUGUAUCUAUACGUUCGAUUAGUCGAAGGUAAUCACGGGUAAUGACAAAGAAUUAUUCCUUAUAUUUAAGCAACAGAAUCGUACAAAAGCCGCGUAGAAUUUAAUACUCUAUAUAACGAAUGCGUGAGAGAAACGUUUAUGUCGUGAUUAAUUGAUUAAGAAUCUCUAGAAAGUGUUGUCAGGUAAACAAGUAACGCGUUAAUUGCCACGUCAAUUACUGUGUAUCUAUUGAUUGCGAUUUUUCUACCGAUCUGCUAGAUUAGCUAAAGAAAAUCAUCGGCAUUGCACUUCAUGCCUGCGUGAAAACACCCCAACAAUUUUUUGUAAGAAUUUUAUCGUUCGCUCCGCAGACGUUCGGUAUCAAACUUUCUCAUUCUAGUCGACUGACGCGGCACUUCCGAGAUGAUAACUCACUUUAAAUUACGUGUACUUCUGACGUCUUUAAGCCAUUAAAAACUUGUUAGUCGGUAUCACAUAUCGUAAACGUUAGAAACACCACGUAUACAUUGGAACAUUAGAAAUAUUUAUUAUUCGAAACUGGCUGAGAAGGAUAUCAUUUCGCCAUCUUAACGAACGAGAUCCAGGUAUUCGCUAGUUGAAAUGAAUAUGAAGAAAAGAGAAUCAAUAAAAACGAAGAAGUCAAUUUAAGUAUGAAUAAAUAAGCGCCCCGUUGCAAUGAAAAAAAUCUGGCUAAUUUUAAUACUGAUUUGUACGAAUUCCAUAUUUUUUUAUAUAACAUAGAAUUGAAAAUUUUCGAAAAGAAGAAGAAAGAAAGAAAAGAAAAUUUAUCAAGAGAGAAAUCUACGGUGUGUGAGAAGGUGCAGCGUAGAAACUAGAUCAUCGUUGCGCUGCGCCGCACUGAAACGAUCGUAUUCUUCUCGUUGCGUGAAACUAUUAGGAUGAUUAAACAAAGCAAUGUGCGCGAGUAAUCAAGUAGUCUGUUGUACAGAGACGCGAUAAACGAGGAUGGUGCAAAAGAACGACGACAUAUAUUGACUGGUUACCCACACGUUGCUAUGAGUAAUGUUCUACUAUCGACGAUGCCAAGAUGAGAAUUGCAUUUGCAUUGCGUGACACACACACACAUACACGCGCGC